GCAAUAAUUACAAAUCAGAAUCGAGGCAAUAAUAAUAUGGCUAUUAAAAACCAGAAUAAUUGUGCUAUUAAUUCAAGAAAAAAUUACAGUCAACAGAAUAGAUCAAAUGGACAAUUGAAGGAUUUUGGCAAUUCUUGCAAAGUUUUGAAUAAAAGGAAAGAGGAAGAAUGCGAAAAUUUGCUAUUUUUGAGUCAAGGAAAAAGCAGAGGAAUUAGAGUGUUUUUUUUUAUUAAUUUUUGGAGGGGGAGGGCUAUUAAAUUAGGCUUGGGUGCUUUCUGGGAGUUGUUCGGAAAUUUUUUCUUUAUUUAUGUAACUUUGAUAUCGACUUUGGUACGAGCUUUCAAACAUUGCUCCUGUGUUAGAGUGGAGGACAUUCUCUGGUGGAUUUGCUUUAUAUUCACAAUCUAUUAUUUUGAUCUACCUGCAACUUUUAUUUUUAGUCGGAAAAUAAAUAGAUUUUAUCUUCGAAUUAUGGCUUUAUGUGUUCUAAUGAUUGUAUUUCUUACCUUUUUAUUUACUCUAUUGAAGAAUUUAAAAAUUUUUAGAAGGCGUUGGAUUAUUUUUUCAAUUCAAUUUUUAACUAUUUUCUUCUUCAUUUUAACUCCAUUAAGUUUUUGUCUCGCUACUUGGGAUGAAUUUAAUGUUUGGUCAAUUUAUAUUGCCUAUGUGGGAACUCAAUCGGCUCUAGCUUUAAUUGCUGUGCUCUAAUUUGUGGUUUUUUCAAUUUUUUCCAGUGUCGACUAAAAAAAGGUUUUUUCUUUUUAUUUUUUCAAUUAUUAGUUGAUUAGUGUGAUGACUUGGGGUAUGUACAUCUAUUCCCUGCACUUUAAUAAGACCCCUAUUUAACCAUAAUUUUCCCUUUUAUUUUCAGAUUCCAAACUAAAUUUUAUUGAAAACUAAAAAACUCCCCCCACCCCCCCCCCAUAAGGCUUACUAUAAAAUCCAAAAGAAAAUAGGGAAAAAGCGAUUUAAUCGUUAAAUGAGUAGGGGAUUUGUCACUUUCUUCAUCUUUCUGUGUUUAAUCAGUCUAUUCCUCGAGGUUGAACGAUUUUCAUUAGCCUCUGAUCCACAUAGUCCAGGCCCCCCCCUCCCUAUUUAAUUUUAAUAUUUUCAAAUUUAUUUUCGUUUUAUACUUUACCAAAGCUUUAUUUUUUUUUCAAUUUUUAGGUUCAACUUGAGAGAACUUUUUUUGACUUGAUAUUUUCUAUUUUCAACACGCAAAGACACUUCAAUUAAAUGAAUGUCUGACAUUGUGUGUGUGUGUGUGUGUGUGUG